AUGAAAAAUCAACAACAACCACCACUUUGUUUGAUUUUCCCAUACUCUCCUCCUCACUUUUCUUAUUCGCUUGAUGCUCGUAAAUGGACAAAAAAGGUGUUACUUGAACAAUUACAAAAGAUAGGGGAAUAUGGAUUAGCAUAUCGAUGUUAUUUAUAUGAAAUAGAAGCAAAUCAAUUUUUUCAUAUUGAUAAACACUUCUAUGAAAAGUAUUCUAAAAAAAUGAGACUUGAUCUUGUUUGGAUAGAACGCAUCAAUAAAAUUUCCAAUAAAAUCAUAGAAAAUACAGCAGCUUGUGUUAUUCAAAAAGCAGUUCGUUUAAUGCUUUAUUCUAAAGAAGAAAAACGAUAUCUCUAUUGUGGUAAUGUAGUGAAAGAAUUCAUUACAACAGAAAACACAUAUUGUGAACAGUUAGGUGUUGUAGAAAAUUUAAUCCAUCAACCUUUGAUAAAACAAGAAAAACCACUCUUAACUCCUGAACAAAUUAAAUUAAUAUUUGGAGGUGUUUCAGUCAUUUACGGUGUCAAUACAGCUCUAUUACAGAAUUUGAGAGAAAAACUUUCAGUCUAUACACAAAGUUCUCGAUUUGGUCAUAUUGUAUUGACUUUUACUCCAUUGUUGAGAGUUUAUAGUGAUUAUUGUCAAACAUAUCCUCAAGUCAGUCAAUUAGUAAGUUCUAUGAAAGUACCACACCCUUUUGGGACAUUCUACAAACUACAAAUGAAACAAGCACCAGAACAUCUACAACGAUUUGAUUUACUUUCACUUCUAAUCACGCCAAUCCAACGAUUACCAAGAUAUAGACUGUUAUUGAAGGAUUUAUUAAAACAUUUACGACCAAGUGAUAUCGAUUAUGAGGACGUAAAAAAGGCAUUGAAUGAAAUCGAAAAAGUAACUUCAUUUGUUAACACUCAAAGCAAAAAACAAGAGAGCCUUGUAAGUUUGAAAAGUAGUUAUUUGACUUAG